AUGGAGUAUGGACAGCUGAAGGCUGACGAACAUGAUGCCCAUGGUGUUGCUGGUGUUAUGCCAAGAUAUAUGUGCGAAAUACCAAAAUCUCUCAUACUUCAAUGCAAGGCAGCCAGCAAGCUCAAGGCAGUCAAAAAGAGAUUUGAUGCAAUUGUGAAGCAAAGAGCUGAAUUUAAUGCCAUAGCAAAUAGCUUGCUAGCUGGUCAUCCUGCUCAUGAUAUGAGUCAGACUACUGCUAACCAGACAACAUUGCCUACUGUAGAUGUGGCAUCAGUACUCAGAAGAGACCAAGAGAAGCACCAAAUAAUAUCUAAACUAGCAGACGACAAACACGUAAUCAAGACUAUUUCCAUCAGUGGACUUGGUGGCUCUGGGAAAACUACAUUAGCUAAAUUGGUUUUCAAUGAUUGCAGCAUUGUGGAGAAGCAUUUUGAAGUCAGACUAUGGGUUCAUGUGUCUCAAGAAUUUGAUGUUGACAAGCUCAUCAAGAAACUGUUUGAAGCUUUUGUUGAUAAUAAUCCCGGACAGCAUGCCCUGCCGUUUAUGAUCAAAACAAUCUCAGACAAGUUGACUGGAAAGAGGCUUUUGCUUGUAUUGGAUGACGUGUGGACUGAAUCUCUAAUUCAGUGGGAAAAGUUUAUGGUGCAUCUCAAGAGUAGUGGACCUGGGAGCAGGAUCUUACUGACUGCUCGUAGUAGAAGAGUUGCAGAAACAGUGCGAUCUAUAGACCAAUUUGAUUUGCCAUUCUUAUCUCUAGAUGACAGCUGGCAACUAUUCCAGCAAAGCUUAGUAAUUCCUGCAGAAGGUUUGGAUUCGGAAUUUGUAAAGGUUGGAAAAGAGAUUGUGAAAAAAUGCGGUGGGGUGCCUCUAGCAAUUAAAGCUCUUGCAGGUGUCCUCCAUGGCAUGGAACAAAUACAAGAAUGGAAGUCCAUGAGGGAUAGCAAUGUAUUAGAUGUUGAGGGUAAAGAGUGUAUAGAUGUGGAAGAAAAUCAUUGUUAUUGGAGAGUGACAUGCAAGAUGCAUGAUUUGAUUCAUGAUCUUGCCCGGUCCAUACUAAAAGAUGAAAUUUCACUUGCUGUACCAAACAAGGCAACCAGUGCCACAAUGAACUACAGAUACUUUUCUUUAACGGAACAACCAGGAAACUUUCCAUCCAAAAAAACUUUCAAAAAAGCACGUGCUAUUUUUGUUUGUCCUCCUUAUCAGAAGGGUGAUGAUACAAUAUUUGGCAACACAUUGAAGGACGCAAGACCCUUGCGUAGUAUCACCAUGGAAAAUGUGUUUCUGGUAGCAGUGCCCAAUGCCAUAUUCCAGAUUGAAGCCUUGCCAAACUCUAUUGGUAACCUACAACAGUUAAAAACGUUGAAUCUAUCGUCCUGUGGAAAUCUAAAAAUUUUACCAGAUUCAAUUGCUGAUUAUCAUAUGAUUUCAAGCAUUAAUCUUUCGUUUUGUAUGAUGCUGAGAAUGUUGCCAAACUAUAUUGGCAGGAAUGAAAAGCUAAGAGUUUUGAGACUAGCUGACACCAGAAUUGAGAGGCUACCAUCAAGUAUCACAACGCUGAGAAAUCUAGAGUGUUUGGACCUACACAGGUGUCAGGAGCUAGUAGAUUUGCCUGAAGGCAUCGGCAACAUGGAAAAGCUCCAAGUUUUGAACCUAGAAGAUUGUAAAAAAUUGGCAGGAAUGCCUAUAGGCAUUGGACAGCUCAGUCGACUACAAAAGUUGGGCUUAUUUGUUGUGGGAAUCUCAGAGCUUGCAAAUGUUUCUGAGAUCGGUGAGAAACUAACAAUUAGAGGUAUUGGACACGUGAUAGAGCCAAAUGCUGCCCACAUGGCAUGCUUGAAACAGAAGACAAACUUACAGAGGUUGGAUCUACAGUGGAUGGCAGAUGAUGCGGAAGAGGUAAACACUGAGUUGGAGCAGGCUGUCCUUGAUGGUCUGGAACCGCCACCUGGGAUUAAAGGGAUGAAAAUUAGUGGGUAUUCAGGCAGGCAAUAUACACGGUGGAUGCAGAAUCAAGUUGGUGGUGGAGUACAGGGGCCUGCUCCCUUCCCAUUUUUGAGGAACCUACAUGGGCUUGUGGAGCUGCCUUGUUUGGAGUUGCUUGAGCUUAAAUGGAUGCCUUCUCUUGAGAGCAUAAGUGGAGGCCCAUUUCCUUCGCUGGUAAAGUUAAGGAUGCGUGGACUGCGUUAUCUGGGAGAGGUGUGGAUGGUAGCAGAGAGGAUUAUGCCUGAUGGAGAAGAGGUGGAAGGAUACUGCAAUUUCACCCCUCAGUUGGGACAAGUCCAAGUUGGUAAUUGCCUGACAGAGUUAGAGAUUUGUGAUUGUCCUAAGUUGGAGGUGAAGCCGCACCUUCCUCCGUCUCUGCAGCACUUGAAGUUGUGGGACAGUGAGCAGCUACUGCAGUCACCAAGCCAAUGCCAGGGGUCCUCUUGGUCCCCCAGUUUUAGCCACCUGGAGGAGCUUCAACUAUUGAAUGUGACAGGAUUAGGAUCUGGGCAUGGGUGGGAGCUGCUGCAACACAUGACGGCACUCGAGUCAUUGGAGUUUAUUAUCUUCUCUGGAGUGCAAACCGAGCUGCCUGAGAGCUUGUGGAGCCUCACAUCCCUCCGGUCCCUGUUGCUGGGGAUGGAAGGCCUCGCCUCCCUUGAAAAGGUCUCAAUCAGGAACUGUACGGGCCUCACAUCGUUGCCGCAGGGGAUGAAAGGCCUCGUCUCCCUUGGAAAGCUAAGCGUCUGUAACUGCCCAGGAAUACGAUCCUUGCCUAAGGGCAUAAAAGGCCUCACCGCUCUGAAGGAAUUGCUGAUCCUUGGGUGCCCUGAUCUGCAGAGGCGGUGCAAGAGAGGAAAGGGGGAGGACUGGCACCUCAUCUCCCACACCCCUCAUCUGGAUAUUUGA